UUGCCAUCUGGGUUCAUUGUUAAUUGUAACAGAAAUGAUGCUAGCUCAAGGGUGCAGACUGUCAGGGUUGUACUGCCACUAUCAAUCAACAGAGCCAAGGUUACCAUGGACAACAAAUUUCAAUUCUCAUGGGUCAGCAUGGAGUAAGUUUGAGGACUAUAGUAUCUACUGGUUUUCCAUGCAAGGCACAUCAUUCAGAAAUCCCAAAUCUUAAAUUCAACUCCUCUACUGAUGGUAGUAGAAAUUCACUAUUACAAGUUGGCAGGAAUGUGUUCAAGAAACAAGCAGUUCAAGUUGUCUCCUCAGACGUUUCAUCACCAAGCAUGAAAUUUGAUAUGCUUGAUGCCUACGAUGACGACUAUGAUGGGGUUGUAAUUAAUCCAGAAUGUUUACCUCCCAGUGCCAAUGCAUUUGCUUCUAUGCUUUGUGCUUCACUCUCUAAUUGGAGGUUAAAGGGGAAGAAGGGAGUAUGGCUAAAGAUACUAGAGGAACAAGCUGAUCUUGUUCCAAUUGCAAUCAAGGAAGGUUUCAGUUAUCACCAUGCAGAGCCCGGAUAUGUAAUGUUAACUCAUUGGAUUCCCAAUGAGCCUCGCAUGUUGCCUGCUAGUCCCUCGCAUCUAAUAGGCGUUGGUGGAUUUGUGAUGAACGAAAAAAAAGAGGUGCUUGUAGUGAAAGAAAAAAAGUGUCCUUGUAGAUGCUCUGGUAUUUGGAAGUUACCAACAGGAUUUAUCAAUAAGUCUGAAGAAAUAUUCGCCGGAGCUAUAAGGGAAGUGAAAGAAGAAACCGGCAUAGAUACAACCUUUUUGGAGAUGAUUGCUUUCAGGCAUGCACACCUUUUGGCUUUUGAGAAAUCAGAUUUGCUUUUCAUGUGUAUGCUUAAGCCUUUGUCAUCAGAAAUUAGUAUCGACGAUAAGGAGAUUGAAGAAGCAAAGUGGAUGCCUCUUGAUGAAUUUGUGGGACAAUCCUUUUAUCAAGAUGAUCAAAUGUCGAAGAAGAUUAUCGAUAUUUGUAUUGCAACAUAUGAAAAUCAAUACAGUGGACUUACUGCUCAUGAGAUGACCUCCAAAUUGGAUGGAAAAUUGUCAUACCUAUAUUUCAAUAACUUGAAGAAAAUCUGAGUUCUCUUCUAAUUAAUGAAAAAAAUAAUAAUGGAAGGACCUAAUAUAUAUAUGUAUUUUGAUGCUAAGUUGUAGCUUCAUUUCAAAGCCAAUAUGGAAGAGAUGUAUUAAGGUAAU